AUGUGCAGGUUAAAAUAUUUUUUUUUUUUUUUUUUUUUUACUCAUUUAUUCGCUCUUCUACUAACAAUGGCACAUGCAUCUAAUGAGUAUAAUAACCCCCGUCCUCAAGAAAAUGCAUUUGCGUUUGUUCAGACAAAGAUAAGUGAACUGAAGAUUACCGAUCCCCCAUAUACUGUUUUUAACUUCGCUACUGAAGCUGCAAAUACGAACGAUAUUAUAGAAGAUGAACUUAAAAGGAAAGAAAAAAAAGCUAUGAGGAGAUUUAAGCACGAUUUACAUGAAAAGAAGGAGAGAGUCGCUGAAAUUUUAGAAAAGAUUUUGAAGAGUUCUGUGCAGUUCUUUGAACAUUAG